AUGGCAGAUCUUUCAGUUACAUGCAAAAUUACCAACAAGCCAGACAAAAUGCCAUCAUCAGAAAAACCAAAGGCAGGGCAGCAGGUCAAGGAACAGCCACCUGUCAUUUGUAUUGAUGAACGAAAUGGGAUUUUUGUCACCCCAAAAGAUGCCCAUGGACCUAGAGUCCCUGUUCACAUAAAGAAACAAGUCGUCUCGGGGUCUAUUGGCUGUGAGUCACCUCUGUGUCGAGAUUUUAUGAGGAUUGGAGUAGAAAGUGGCAAUCCAGGCAUUGAAUGCGAUCACCUUCAGAGAACCAAUAGAGCUGUGUGCUAUUCUGCACCAGCAGCACUUAGGGAAGACUCUUUGCAGUCAAUGGUUGACAGUGGCCUGCUGUCCAAAACCCGACAAGAUGAAUGUGUGCAGCUAAGAAACAAAAGUAUUGCUGGUGGUGUGGAUUGUGUUUUCCCCAUUUUUUGGCAUGAGCAUACCUCUGUCAGGUUAGUUUAUUUUUCUGUGUUUACUGGGGUAAGAGACAGCUGGUGUCAGUUCGAAAGGACCAGAGUCUCUUUUGAUAGCCAUCUGGGCAAGUGGCACUGCCAGUGCCGCAAUAGAAUGAGAAGCUGCGUCCACAGAUACAUGUGCAUGUGGUGGCUGUUUCAAGAGAAACCCCACCUCCUUUCCUGUCAAACUGACCCAAAUGGUGAAGACAGUGAUGUGGAUGAAAGGGUCAGAGAUGUUGCAGAGACAGAAGUGGCAACACUGGCUUCUACUGACAUACAGAAGUUGACAGAUUAUUUGUGGCGGCUAAAGAGGGUGCCAGAAAACCUUCCACAGGAUUUGUCAACAAAAGAACGCCAAAUACCAGACUUCUUUGAACCCCUGGAGUCCAACUGUCCUUAUUGCCCUGGUCCCACUCCACCAGCUUUGGGGGAGAGGGUACUAAUUACACGGCAUGGGACAGUGUAUGGAAUAUCUUCAGUGACUCGAGGUUAAUUUCAGAAAUGUAUAGAUCUCUUUUUCAUGUAUUUUCCACAAUGUGUUUA